AUGGGCAAACAGAACAGCAAGCUCCGUCCCGACGUCAUGCAGGACCUGGUGGACAACACGGAUUUCACCGAGCAUGAGAUCACCGAGUGGUACAAGGGCUUCUUGCGGGACUGCCCCAGCGGUGCGCUCUCCAUGGAGGAGUUCAAGAAGAUCUACGCCAACUUCUUCCCUUAUGGAGACGCCUCCAAGUUCGCCGAACAUGUCUUCCGCACCUUUGACGCCAAUGGAGACGGAACUAUAGACUUCAGGGAGUUCAUCAUUGCCCUGAGUGUGACCUCACGUGGUCGACUGGACCAGAAGCUGAAGUGGGCAUUCAGUAUGUACGACCUGGAUGGGAACGGAUACAUUAGCAAGGCAGAGAUGCUGGAGAUUGUAACGGCCAUUUACAAGAUGGUUUCCUCUGUGAUGAAGAUGCCUGAGGAUGAGUCCACACCUGAGAAACGCACAGACAAGAUCUUCAGGCAGAUGGACACAAAUCGAGAUGGUAAACUGUCUCUUGAGGAGUUUGUUGAGGGAGCGAAGAACGACCCCUCCAUUGUCCGACUGCUUCAGUGUGAUCCCAGCAGUGCUGGGCAGUAGAAACCUGGACUUUUCCCAUUGCAUUUUGAUUAAUUUAACACAUUUUCAAAAUCUCUCCCAGUUGACCCACCUGAGAUUAUUGACAUUUGAGCUAUAGAGGCACAUGUGUGCGUGUGCCACGCGCACACACACACACACACACACACACACACACACACACACACACACACACGCACGCAGAUGACAUGCAACUCUACAUACUACAAAUACCAAAGCCUGAUGCAUAUAUAAUCUUUCACACACUCACAUGCACAUACUUUACAUGCGCCUCUAUGUCUAGUCAAAAGCUACAGACAACAUGGGUCUCAUAUAUGGUACAAUUAUAACUCCAGGGACUGAAAUCCCAUCAAGGACUUGUUAAACACUGAAUCAUUGCUGUGCUAUCUCUGUCUGAGAGGACAGCCAGCGAGGAUAAUCCAACAGAUUCGUGAGGUACGUUGAGCCGAAUCCAAGUUCGCUGUUUCUUUUUAUUUCUUUUAUUUGUUAUUUUUGAAAGCAUUAUUCCUGAUUUAAAGGAAUCAUGCUCAUUUUGUUCUAUCUAACUGAUUUGGGUUGUUGUGUGACAACGGACAGAUCUUUACAAAGUAUUACAAUCUAACUCCAUGUUGACACUGGAUGAAAUGAAGUAUGUGAGUCUGGGACUACAAGUGUUCACAGCUUACAGAAUGGCUAUGUAGACAGGAGAUCUGGGAAAUGUUGAUUUUAAUCAUAGAAGAAUUUUAGAAGGGAUGAAAGACUUGUUUUUAAUGUAUAUUUUGGAGGAAUGUUACAUCAAACCAAAACUGACUCAGAUUUCUAAAUGAAGGGGAAUAUUCUGACUACAGAUUACGCCAUCUGUUCUUUGAAAGUGACUUUUUAUGCCAAGUUUUGUGUCCACAAACACACACAAAUACACACACUUCACGCACAUUUUCACACAUUCACUUCACUGAUGAAUACAUGAACUUGACAUAUACAUUUGAAACCGAGCUGUGAUUCUCUCUCUUCAACUAUGGUUCAACAAAUGUAUAAGCAAAAACAAAAAUGUUAGAUGUUUUAUGAAUAUAUAGUAUGUACUUAUAUAUUCUUUUACUCUGUGAUAACAUUGUGGUGAUUUGCUGCAGUGGAAGAGAUUCACUUUAAACAUUUUGACGUAUAAAUUAUUGGAAUGUGAUGAUUAACAUUUUAUUUUCUUUUACUUGACAAAUAUAUGAAAGAAAGUUGUACAGUAUAUUCACUCAUAUUUAUGCUAGAGAUGUUAAAAAAAAGGAGAGGACCACAGAUAUUGCUAUGCAUCCAGCUUUGAACAUUAUCUGCUACAUGUAGUUUAUGUAGCUUCUUUUCCCCUUCUGACAAAGAAAAUAGCUUCAGAUUUCACAGUUUGAUCCCAAACUCCCCAAUGUGGACUUCAUAUAUCCCAGGAAGCCUGCAAACAUUGGCAGUCAUGAAGUUUUUCAUAUACUGUGCGUUAACAGUUUGUAAAAUCUCACAUCAUAUACUUAAAGUGCAACGGUAAUGUCUGAAAAUAUCAUGUUUUUGUGCAAAUGUGACAUCCAUGUUCUGAAUGUGCACUUUUUUCCUCAUCAGCACAACAUUUCAAAAAUAGCACAAUUGUAACUGUAAGACCAAUUUGGUGCCACUGUGAUGAUGGAGAUGACAGAUAUUUUUAGGACUACGACACACAGUAACAGCAACUUAACUGGCAGAACAAAGCUCUGAUGUUGGUAGUGAGUAAUGGCCACAUCCACCAAACUUCACUGUCCAUUUCCAGGAUUUACUGAUUGCUCCUAACUAUUUCCAUCCUGUGUGAUUUACACCUGUCUGUCCCUGCUGCUCUGAAAACAACAUGAGAUUCAGUGAUUUUUCACGGGUGGAUGAACAAGGACAUUGGGGGUGAAAAAAGAGUUGUAGUAAAUUCUGUGGACUUUUCAAGUAGGUGAUCUGGUACUUCAGCCCCACAUUUCACUUCAGUAGCAUCUUGUGGUCAAGUGCCAAAUAUAGGUGAAUGAAUAAAAGAAAAAACACAGUAUUGUAUCCAUUUAUACUGUACAGUUGAUACCUGUCGAACAAAAAAACUUUGUCACUGUAUCAUUUUGUAGAUUUUGUAUUGUUAACUUGCAAUAUGUGUUCUGUGUAGGAUGUCCAUUUUGUUAUUCAAAUAA